AUUUUGAGCUACCGCCCAGUACCGGUAUUUGAGGUCAUCAGACAAUGGCCAAGCUUCAUUAACUAAGUUUGACACUUUGGUGAGAAGAGCGACUUCCGAAUCAGAGAUGAAGCCAUUCCUGUCAGAACUCCGUCCUCAGCGUGACACGGUCACGACUGUUCUGCUGGGAGCCUGGUUUAUUACACUUGGUGUGCUGAAGAUUCUGCUCAUGAAAUUCUCGGAGAACGACCAUGGAGGAUAUGACUAUUUACCAGUGACAGUGAGUGUGUGUGCAGAGCUACUGAAACUAUUUGUGUGUGGGACCAUCGCUAUAUGGGUCAAGUACACAGAGGAGGGUUCGUUUAAGGACAAAUUUGUAAUCACGAGACAUGAGGUGUUGAGCCUGCUACGCUGGGCAGUGCCUGGUCUGCUGUACUUUCUGGACAACCUCAUGCAGUUCUACAUCAUAACAUAUUUCCAUCCUGCAAUGGCAGUUCUGCUAUCCAACUUUGUCAUCAUCACCACAUCUCUGCUGUUCCGACUAGUACUGAAGAGGGUCCUUACAUCUAUUCAGUGGGCAUCCCUGGCUAUCCUGUUCCUGGCUAUUGUCUCCCUGUCCAGUCAGAGUCACAACGUGGGGCCAGAGUCCAGUACUGUCCAGAAACCUCAGGCCAUUGACCACGUCGUCGUGUCCAGUCUCAACCACCACGACCAGAUUUGUAUGGUCCAACAACAGAACCUCAUCAGUAACGAAACUCAGGUGGACCACCACGCCCCAAGCACAAACUUACCUUUUUCCCUAAACAUGGGCCACCUUUUCGUGAUAGUUCAAUGUUUCAUUGCCUCCUCUGCAAACAUUUACAAUGAAAAAAUCUUCAAGGAAGGAGACGGCUUGCAGGAAAGCAUCUUCAUCCAGAACAGCAAGCUGUACAUGUUUGGCGUUCUAUUUAACGGCAUCACCCCCCUGAUAAUACCUAGCUACAGAAGGCGGCUGUUUGAAUGUGGCUUCUUCUAUGGGCAUAACAGUUAUUCUGUUGCCCUACUCUUCGACUAUGUGUUAUUUGGACUCACGGUGUCCAUUAUUCUGAAGUUCAGGGAUAACAUGUUUCACGUGUUGGGUGCGCAGGUCACCACGGUGAUUGUAAUCACCUCUUCUAUUUACCUCUUCCACUUUGUGCCAACGCUGCAGUUCUUCCUGACAGCGCCUAUCGUCCUCCUAGCGGUUUUCAUCUACAAUGCAGGCCGGGUGAAAACUAAUAACAACAAACCGAAGCACAGUGCCUCACUGGUAAGGACUCAUGAUCAGGAAGAGAGAAGCAGGCCAGAAGCAAUAGAACUUCUCCCCAGACAGAGGCACAACAGUGCCAGUAAAACUUCUGAUGAAGAGACAGAAGAAGAAAUCUGAGACUGAAACUUAACAAAUUUUUAAAAAAUCAUCAAAUUAUUCAACAGCCAGUAACCCUUGAAGGGAGGUUGCUUGGGAAUAAUAAUUAUUUUUUGUGUAAAUGAGUUCAGAGAGCCCAUGAGAGUGGAUGGGAAAUUUUGCCCUUUGGUAAUUUAAUCCAACUAUUUACAUUUCCUAUAGUGGAGAAAAUUUGAAGAGUUAAAUUGACUGCCAAUUGAUACCAUGUAUAAUUUGGCAAUGACAUGUAUCAGUAAAUAUAUUUUGCCAGCCUGCUUGUGGCUGAUUUAUAUAGAUAUUUGCAAGAAAUAAUCCUGAAACCAAGCUUUUUAUAAUAAAAUCUACAGUAACUAAACAACAAAAUGUGCCUUACAAAAGGUGUAUUUUAAAAAUUCUGGGAUAUUUUGAAGUGCUAUAGAGCCUAUGGUUCUUUCUCAGGUGAAAGCACAUACAUGAACCAUGCAAUGAAGACAAUUGUAUAUAUUCAUGUGAUCUGUAGCAAAUUGAGUCUCUAAAAAUCAUGAUCUUUAACAAUCAUAAAGCAUGAGUCUUCAACAAUCAUGAAUAUACAAAUUAAAGUAGUGCCAUAUUUAAUUUAAAGUUUGAAAAUCUGCCUUUUUCCUUUGUGUGUUUGUUAGUUCUUUCAAAAUUAUACACAGUGGUCAGUAAGUUUUAAGCAAGUGUAUAUAAAAGAUGUACAAAUGUUUUAUGACUUGCUUUUGCCUUACUAAUGCAUGCACUUGUGCCAAUGAAGGAAGCUAUUUGUUUGGUGUGGACGUUGGACUCAAUUCUGAUGUUGAUAUCUGUAUCGGUAUAGCCGGUAUAACUGCCCUUCAGCGCAACACACGAGCUUAAUUGACUGUGGUAUUGAAAUCAGCGGAUUAAAACAUCGUAUCUGAUUCUCUCUGGUUUUCGUAAGGAAAUUAUGAGUAGUAUGAGUAGGCCAUGUUAGCUUAGCAUAUGAAUGCUAGAUGAUGUAUAAUUUUUAUAUGGUCAAAACUUGUACUUUUGGAUUCAGGACAGUUAGACAGGAACACAGUAUAGUACAUUGUAAAACUUGUGUAUGUUUCUGUAGUCCUUGCCAUUCACUUGAUAUACUAGUAUAUUACCCCUUGUGGAAGCUGUGUGUACUUUAAA